CUAUCGACACUAUCGAUGGUUGGGCGCUAUCGAGCCACUAUCGAUAGCAGCAGACACCUUCGAUAGCGGCCCGUCCACUAUCGAUAGUGCCAUCGAUAGCGGGCGUCUCACAUCGCUAAAAUACUUUAACGCGCAUUUCACACACAACUUCACACAAACAACUGAAAAAUUGUUAAAAUUGACGGGAAUUAUAAAAAAAACUAUUAAAAAUGGAACGCUUUUUAAAAAAAGGUACACGUCGGAGGUCCGCAACACCUACUGCGCCAAGUCCAAACAAACAGGACUGUGAUUGCACCAGCACGGACUCUGAAAAAGAUGUUCUCCCCGAAAGCCAAAAGAACUCUAAAAGGAGUAAAAUAUCAACUGUUUGGAAGUAUUUUAAGAGGUCCGACGACAAAAAACUUGCCAAAUGCCUUGACUGUGGCAAGGAAUAUAAAACAAGCGGCAAUACAUCAAACUUGCGCGACCAUAUAAAAAGGUUUCAUCCCAGCUUGGAACCGGACUCUAACACAACAGCUGUAAAAAGGAACGACACUGCGUCUACAAGCAGCAGUUGCAGAUCGAGUGUGAACUCUGUGGCUUCCUUGUUCAAAAGAGCUGUCCUGUACGAGUCGAAUUCUAAGCGAAAGACCGACAUCGACAAUGCAUUGACAGAAAUGGUCGCUAAAGAUGUACAGCCAUACAACAUUGUGGAAAACGAAGGUUUUAUCAAAUACAGUCAGGUAUUGGAUCCUCGUUAUAAAUUGCCAAGCAAGACAUACUUGCGUGAUGUGCUUAUGUCCAAUCUGUACAAGGAAACCUCUGCCAAAUUGUCAUUGAUAUUUCAAGAAGUGACGGAUGUAUCAAUAACUUGUGAUUUGUGGACAUCGAGUGCCAAUGACAGUUUUUUGACGGUGACGAGUCAUUUUGUUCAUAACUAUGAACUAAAAACAGCAUCCUUGGCUACAAAAAAACUGUUAAUGUAACAAAUCACUGUUCGCAAAACAUUGCAGAUACUUUGCGAAAUAUUCUAAUUGAUUGGAACAUUUUUAAUAAGACCGUGUGCAUUGUAACUGAUAAUGCCAGCUCCAUGCUUAAAGCAUGUGCAAUAUUGCAAAUUCAAAAUCUGCCAUGCUUUGCGCACACAAUCAACUUAGUUGUGCAAGAUGCAUUAAGAGUUGAUGACGCAGUCAUAAAAAAUUUAUUUACCAAGUGCAAAUCAAUAGUUAGAUUUUUCAAACAAAGCCCGAUUGCUAAUGAAAAAUUUAAAUUAGCACAAGAAGGUACGAUUUAUACUUUGCUGCAAGAAGUACCAACAAGAUGGAACAGUUUCUUUUUCAUGAUUGAGAGAAUUUUAAAAACAAAUGAUGCCAUUGCCAAAGUCCUAUUAGGAACCACAAAUGCACCUCAGCCAUUUACGGCUGACGAAAUACUUGUGUUAAAAGAUAUGGAAAAAAUAUUGUCUUUCUUCCAGCAAGCAAGUGAAAAAGUUUCUGGUGGAAAAUAUGUAACCAUAUCUCUGAUUAUACCCAUGGCAUAUGGGCUUCUGCGGAAAAUCGAAAAAUUCUUGCCAGAAACUAUGCAAGGAAAAACAAUCCAAAAUAUAUUAAUGGAAUCAAUAAAGAAACGACUCUCAAUUUAUGAACAAAGAAAUGUAUGUAUGAUGGCAACAUUAUUGGACCCACGUUUUAAAAAAAAUGGUUUUCAAGACGCUUCAAACGCUGAACAAGCAUCAACCUUUUUUGAAAACGAACUGGCCCAUUCGUCAAUCGAAGAGUCCAGAAAGGAUCUGACCAUCGCAGCGGACACAAGUACCCAGGACACAUUUUUUGAUUUUUUGGGUGAACGAUCAGAUAGCAAAAUCGGAAACGCACGAGUGGAUGCUAUACUUAUUAAAAGGCAAUAUCUGGAGAGGGCAAUUGUCAGUCACGAUGUGGACCCACUGUUAUGGAUUAAGGUUAAUCAAACUGAUCUUCCCUGCAUAAAGGGCCUCUUUUGCAAAUACCUUUGCAUUCCCGCAACAUCCGUAGAAUCGGAAAGAGCUUUUAGCAAGGCAGGGCAAAUUGUUUCCGAGAGACGCACCCGGCUCAAAGAGAAAAACAUUAACAUCCUGUUAUUUUUGAAUCAAAACUUUUGGUUAAAAUAAACCAUUUUUCUUAAAAACUUAAAAAAAAAA